CAAUCUAGCAGACGACAUAAACGACACACGAGGCCAACACCACGCGUGCUCGAAAUCAAACCUCUUAAAAAUGAAGAAAAAGACAGUGAAAACUAAAGCUCCCGCUGAAACAGAAACACCAUUAAAUGGAAGUGAAAGUAAAGAGGUUAAGGCGCGAGAACUCGAAGGCGAGUCGGAGGAUGAGACAGUUGUUUCCGAUAAGGCUCCCAAUCCUGUUGUGAAAGCCUCUAAGCCAGCCAGAAAUAACAAAUCAUCAAAAGGAUUGAACCAGCAGUUUUUGGAUCUGUUUUGGAAUUUAGCUGACAAAGAUGCGAGCGCCAGGGUGUCAGCUUCGCUGGAAAUUAUUAAACAAAUUGAGAGUCCACUUUGCUCAGAGUCCCAGUUAGAAUACUCGAUUGGCAGAUUGGUUCAAGGAUUGGCUUCCAGCAGAGAAUGUGCCAGGCAUGGAUACUAUAUAACAUUGGUUGGGAUUUUAAAAUCAGUAAAUGCUACCCGAUUAACCAAUAAAACUGUGCACGAUGCCAUUAAAGAUAGACUUGAGGCUGAAGGCAGCAAAAAAGAAAGAAUUGACCAACAUGUCGGUCAGGUACUAGCCUACGGUGCCUUUGUGAAAUCUGGCAGACUGACAGAUAAGAAAGAAAUGCUUGAAGUUGUUGAUCACUUGAUUAUUGGCUCUAAAGUUAAAAAUUACAUUCAGCCUGUCGCGUACGGAUUUUUGGAAGAAUUGUGCCAACAAGUGGACAAAGGAACUUUUAAUGAAAUUGUGUGGCCUGCUCUGAAAAAAGAACUGUCUCUAUCAUGGGAGAAUCAAACAUUUGACACAUUGAACUUGUUGUUGGUCGUUCACAACAAAUUUCCCAAAGUAGUCGAUGAACGCUUUUGGAAGUCAGUUUUCGGCUCUUCUAGCAUUAGUGAUCCUCAAUGUUUUAGUGAAUUGACUACAUUAAUUUUGACCCAUUCGUCGCCCGGUGAUCAUCCGCUAUUUACAAGGUUAGGCAGCAGCUUAUCCGAGUCUGGAAAGCUUCUAGAUUUUUGGUGUGGUCACCUUGAACCUGCUCUAGAAUCUCCAACAAAAUUAAAAUCGGUUACAGCAAUGACGAUGUUGACUAGUUUUCUAAAAGUCGUAGACGAAGAAAUGGUGGGUAAAAUGCUCCAGAAAAACAUGAUGUCCGUUAUAGUGACCGUUCUACAAACCAAGGACGAUUCGAGUUUUGAAUUAGCUGAUAGUACACUCGAAUCAAUUAAAACGGUCUUGGCCAGGGAUACUAUUUCUCCUGAAGCCCAGACAUCGAUUAUGGAGAAUUUACUUAACAAUUCGGGACACGUUGCAUUCGACAAAAAUACCAAUACCCGGUUCAUAUGCAACGUAAGUUCUUUUCUAAAGAAAGAAACUAUUGUGAGCAUGGUGGACAUUUACCGAAGUUUCGUCGCCGAAAGUAGCCGAACACAAGACAAAAUCACGCUGAUCCAGCAUUUAACCAAGUUGAUAAGUCAUCCUGCUAUGCAACGCGAAGUAGAUUGGAAAGCCUCGCAACUGGUUUUUCUAGCCCAAUGGGCGUAUUUCACUCCGACUGCUUCAAAAGUCUUCACUUCGGCAGCCAAAGAAACUUUUCACCGAGCUCUAGAUCAUCCCUGCAAGAAAUUGGAAGAUCUAUCAACUUUCUUGUCCAAAGCAUUUGAGCAAGUUAACCAACUUGUUCCCGACAGUGGCAUCUCUGAUGAGGUGAAAGCUUUAUGGAACAAUUUACAAAAAGACGUUCAAAAGAUUCAAAAGAAAAAUCGAACGACUAAACAAGCUGACAGCUGGACUGGUCAGUUCUUUUUGGUUAUGUACAUCAGCAUGGGGUUCGAACUGCUCCGCCAACCGGCCCUAGCAUCUGAAGUCAUUGCCGAGUUGGAUACCUGCUACCAAAAAGCCACCGAGAAGGAGACGAAAAAAUCGAAGGCGGCCAAGGCCAAAGAGUUUGAGACCGAUCCACAUUGGUUGGAGGUGGUGACGGAUAUUCUCCUGUCGUUGCUGUCGCGCAAUCAGCACCUGCUCCGCAGCAUCGUCGUGUCCGUUUGGUCCCUAUUGGCUGAACACAUCACGCCCAACGCGUUGCAGCAAGUCUUGGAUGUUAUCGAUCCAUCCAAAAAGGAAACUCCUCUAGUCGACGCUGAUGAGGAUGUAGAGAGCGACCUCAGCGACGAGGAAGACGGCCCGGAAGAAGAAGAAGAAGCGGAGCAAAAAGAAGUUGAAGACUCUGAAGCGGAGGAAGAUGACGAGGGCGAAGAUGAAUUUAGCGACGAGAUGGACGAGGAGGAAACGAUUACGGACAAGCUCCGAAUGAAGAUCCACGAAGCUCUGGGUGACAGCGCUGCGCUGACGGACACGGAAUCUGUUGAUAUCGACGACCUCUCCGACGGACAGAUGGAGAGUUUGGACAAAGCGCUCGGCUCGGCCUUCCAGGAAUUCCGCAAAGCCCGUCCCCUACGCAAGAAUGUGAACAAAUUGCCCAAGGAAGGCACUGCCCUGAUGCACUUUCGGCUCCGCUGUCUCGACCUCAUGGAGGUCCUUACGGAUAAAGAAUUGAGCAUCAGCUUAUCAGCCGCUGCCAUGAUGCCUCUCCUCUCGUUAUUGGAGGUCACCGUCAAGGAGCCGCUCCAUAAACCCCUCAUGGACCGGACCAGGAUCGUCUUGCGCAAAUUGACCAACAUUCGACGGUUCACUGACUCUAAAGAUAUCGGCAUGGAAGACUUGGUCAAAUUACUCCAGAUCCUCUUCUCCAAACCUUAUGCCAAGAGGACUUUGAUGCCGUACAUCAGCGAAGAUUUGGUCCAGUGUUGUUCGUUCGUUCUCAGGUGCACGUUGCACCUGACUCGUGUCAGCGACUCCGCCGCGGGUCUGACGAACGGCAAGGGCAAAGAUGGGCACGUCGAGGUUGACGGAGUGUAUCAGCUGUACCGCUCGAACUUGUCGAAAUUCUUUUUGAAACGCGAUUCUCCCGUCCCGUUUGGCGUCUUCUCCCGCGCUCUGGUCUACCCUUGGCCGGAUGCCGGAUUUCUAAUGGAAUCGUUGAUCGAGUACGCCUUCGGUCCGACGAUCCUGAAGAAUCGCAAGUUGCUGGCCGUUCAAUUGUUGACGGCGCUCUUCCGGAACUCGACUGCCCUCUCAGCCAUGGGCCAGCCGCUCCUGACAAAGCGGUUGCACAGUCUAUUGCAAUCCUCUCAGCGGGUCGUGGAGGAAGCUGGUAGCGAAUCCACCAAGCCCAAGUACUUGAACGAGCUCUUUAUCCUGCUGCGAGUUGUACUGCUUUGUCCGGAAGUUGCCAAGCUGAAGGGCUCCUCGGCCUCCGCCUCUCCUGCCGGUGGUGUUGGUACAGGCGACGACGCCCAACUUUGGGAGCCUUUCAAAGCCGCCCUGACGGUCUUUACAGCCAAAGGAUUGGGCAAACAAAAGGAUUUGAGAAAGAAUCACUCGCUGCUGGCCAGACGGAUGGGUCUGGCUCUUGACGAAACGAUUACGGCUCCCGUUCGGGCCACCGCCGCUGCUGGCGGUCGGUCCACAACAACAAAAUCCUCCUCAUCGUCGUCGUCGUCAUUGAAGGGUGGAAAAGUUGGUACCGCUGCCAAGUCUACAAGAGCGAAUGGAUCGAAAGCGGCGGUAGCGGCGGAAGGAGAGUCUGGCGUCAUGACGACAACAAAAAAACCGAAAUCCAAUCGUCCUGGAGACAAAGAAAAGAAAGAGGCCAAGAAGAGACGGAUGACAGCCUCGGCAGAAGGAUUCACCGAUGUCACUUUUGCUCAAGUUGAUAUGGACAUUGACGUGCCGCCAGAAGUGAACGACAACGAGCCGGAAUCGCCGCUGGUUGCACAGGAAGUGGUCGGCCACCGGAAGAAACGGAGUAAGGAGACUGGAAAGUCGACGGCUGGAAUUCAGAACACAAACGGCAAUCAGGUUGAAUCGCUGGUAGAAGUCAAGGAGGAGAAAUCCAAGAAGAAGAAGACGAAGAAAAAUGAUAAAAGUUUACAAGACGAGGAAACUUCUUCUCCACUCUCUGCCGUUGACGAAGAAUCGGCCGGCAAGAAACUGAGAAAGAGGCAGACGACAGUUGGGACGACGGCGGAUGAUCGACGAGGCGAAACCACCGGAACACCAAGCCCGGCCAAAAAGAAGAAAAAGAGGAAGUCAACGAUUGACUGAUUGAUUUGAUGUUUUUUUCUUCUUCUUUGUUUGAUGCUCUUUUUUGGUCUCUAAAAAAAAACCCUCCCAACCAACACAUUCUUCUUCUUUGGCCCUUAUAUUCUUCUUGACGGUUGUGUGUAAUGGAUCGCGACGGGCGGUGAAA